AUGAUCUUCCAAGUCUCGACUGGCCUUCCACCAGCAGAAGACGAUCCUGCAAUCGGCUUCCAAAAGAAAGAUCUGAUCGGCCUCGACAUGCCACAUAAUGAUGCCUUUAUCAUCAGCAUUCAAAUCGCUGAGGCCAUAGUCAACCGAAUCCAUGCAGACGAGGGCAGCGCAGCCAAUAUCCUGCAGCUGGCUAUCAUCCAGCAGAUGAGCUUGGAGGCAAAAAUCAACAAAUUAGCCAAAUCGCUGACCGACUUUAGGGGUGCAACAACGCAAUCAAAGCGUCAAGACGAAGCCGAGGAAAUCCGUCUAGAGGUCUUUCCUGAAGAAGGAUGGAAACUUGAGGAAGACGUCGAGUUAAUACCCUUGGAUCUGGAUCAGCCAGACAAAAAAGCGCGAAUCUGCUCGCGCUUAAGCCCAGAUGAGAAGGUGGAGCUUGCCACCUUCCUCCAGAAUAACAAAGAUAUGUUCGCAUGGUCGCCGUCAGACAUGCCUGGCAUUGACCCGAAAAUCAUUUGUCACCGACUCCAUGUCAACCCUACCUGCAAGCCAAUGGCGCAGAAGAGACGCAACUUCGCACCCGAGCGAGUCGCUAUCAUCGAAUCCGAGAUUGACAAACUACUUGCUGUCGGCUUUAUUGAAUAG